AUGGAUACUUUCUUUAUUAGCGAUCUUCAGAUCAGAGAGUGCUCUCCAAGAGAAUCUGAUCUACAAGACAAAAGACAUAGACUUGAUGUGUUGAAACAAACCGGAACAGUUGAGGAAUUCAACCACCAAUUUGAAAGUAUAGUAGGAAAAUUACCUGCCGGUUUUUACUCAGAGGAAACAAAGGUUGAUAUAUAUGUUCGGAAGUUGCAAUAUCAUGUAAGAAGCGAAGUACAAUACAGGUACCCUGAAGAUAUUGAGGAAGCACAAAAUUUAGCUCUAGCAUUCGAGAAUAAGUACUAUGAACCACAAGACCCCACGACUAAUAAUACUAAAAAGCAACUGGGCAACAAAUCCCGAAACGAUGGUACCGGAAACUCGCAAAAAGCUCGACAUCAAAAUAAAGUUCCAAGGCAAACUCUAAACAACAAAAAGACUAUCAAGAGAUGCUUCUAUUGUGGUGAAACAGACCACUUGAUAGCCAGAUGUCAUUAUAAAUAA